AUGGCUUCGCGAGAAAACCAACCUCUUAAUAAUUAUUCUGGAGGCAUAUCUAUAAAUAAUUCUUAUUUCAACAAUAAAAUCUUACUUGAAAAAGAGGAAAUAAUUAAAUUUAUUGAUGACACUCAAUUAAACAAUCCUCUUUAUUUAGAGAGUUUAAAAUCCCUAAGAAAGUUGGAGAAUGGGGGAUUUGAAAAGAAUCUAAAUAAAAACCACGAGAAUUUAUCUAUUAUAGAUUUUCUAUCAGGAAGUGGGACUUUGUCCAAGCGUUUAAAGAUCUUGUGGAAGCAGGAACAAAAUUUACCAACGGUCUUGGGAAUGGAUAUUUCUGAAAAGAUGUGUCAAUUGGCUCGUGAAAACGGAGAGACUGUUUUUUGGGGUAGUUGCAGAAAUCAUUGUUUCAAAAAGCAUAUUGCCGAUACUGUGAUUGCAUCCUACGGUGUACAUCAUAUUCCUCCCCAAGAAAGAAAGAUAUUUAUUACAAGCGUUUACAACAUCUUAAAAGAAAAUGGAGUUUGUCUAAUUCAUGAUUUUUUAGAGGGACAUCCCUCGACACGUUGGUAUUCUGAGAUUAUACAUAAAUAUAGAACCUACGGUCAUGAUUGUAAGCAUUUUACAGAAGAAGAUAUGUUCUCUCUUUUCUCAGAAGAUUUUUCGACAUCAGAAGUACGGUUUAUUUACAAUCCGUUCUGUUUAGUAGGGCAAAAAGGGCAAGAUGAAAAUUCACUCAAACAAAAGUUUUUUUCUUACCUAAUUUCUCUUUUUAACCUAAGUAAAUUGCUUCCAAAGCCCGUAACAUUUGAACAAAUUUUUCAUUACAAAGAUGUAUCAUAUUGGAAAGAUGUCGAGGAGAUUUUCACACCCUACUUUAGGAUUUCCCAAUCUGAUAUCAAAAGAAUCGAUUAUUUUGUAAAAAAAACCAAAAAUUAUGAAGAUAUUCUUCAUCCUAUCGAAGUUCCCAUUUUUGAAGAAUUAACCAUAUAUCCGCUUUCCAAUCAAAAAAUACCUGACCAAGCAACACCAUGUUUAGUAGCUCCUCGAAUGGCAAUUGUAGGAAUAGGAUAUAAGGGUAAACUUCAUUAA